AUGCUUAGUGGUCAGUCAUCUUCAAUCUCUCUUUGUGCAGGAAAUUCGUACCUGAGACCAUCGCUCUCUGUAUCUUCAGAGAAGAUGGGGCGGCUCCCUUUGGGGGUUGUUUCUCCCUAUGUAAAAACCAGCUCUGGUGGUAGUAUGGACCCAAUGAAAUUCUAUUGCACCAGCUAUGGCACAGCUUAUGGUCGGGAAGGGUUUCGUCCUCGGACUGGUUUCCACUCUGGAGCUGGUUACAAAGCCAACUACCGUCCUGUUGUUCAAUACAAACCAAGCCUGGACAAAUUAGAUAAUCCAGCUGUGGGGGCUCUCCUUCAAGACAACUACGAAUCAACAACUACCAAGCACUUCCAGCCUUUCCAGCUCCCAGAUGGGAAGUAUCCUCUGCCCUGGAAUGUACACCAGUCGGGGAGCGGGUAUGUCCGGGAAAAACCCCUUUCGUUCCCUACCACCAAAACCGUCAAGCAAGUCCAUUUUGAUACAGCGGACCAAGGAUCAAGUUCUAUACCAGGGCUGGAGCCCAGAUAUACUCCUGAUCUUCACAAACUACAGGGAAAAGGCUCUAUUGAUGUGGAAAAUGCCAGAUACGGACCUCGCUACAUGUCUACAGAGUAUGGCUCCAAGUUCCGCUACAAUAUCCCAGGACAACCAGAUUUCCUGCAAAAGAAAACAAUUGGAGCCAAAGAAGAGACAGGAUUCACUGAAGGUUGCUUCGCCAACCCCAUUUUGGACAAAGCAGCAGCUCAGGCCAGCAUGCCGGGGGUCAGCAUUACGAAGACAGAUUAUCUGCCAUCCUCUUUUCCCCAUGGUGACGAGUUUCUCCCAGUCCUUUCCAAAGGCUCUGAAAGGGGGUCUGGAUUCAGUCGGCAGAAUAAUCUUGGACCUGGUACUGAAGAAACCCCACCCAGUGCAGAGGUGCCAGGCCCUCUGAGCCACUCUCAGUACCAAGGGCUUCAGAGGCAACCUCAGACGCGGACCAGCCUUCUAGGACGGGAAUAUGUGGGCAACAAGGAGCUAACAGGAUUCAGCCACAAUAACCUCAGUUAUGUGACACCAGCGUAUGAUCCUAAUCAUGCCAACAGGUUCCUGACUAGCUACAAUUCCAAGUUUUAUGAAAACAUACCAAAGGGCGUGGACAGGGAAGGCUGGACACGGGGAGGGAUCCAGCCACAGCAGGCAGGGGGGUUCGCUACCAACAACCAUGCCACCGAUUUAGGCACUGAUCCCAAUGCCACAGAGACCUUGAGGACUGUUCACCCCCAUGUUGGAAGGACCAUCACAACCGUUGAUCCAUUUUAUCGUGAUUCUCCCCACGACCGCCGCUUCACAGCUCUCCAUCAGACAACUGUACCCAAUUAACCUCUGCUCUGAAUUAUGCAGCUCCUUUGAACUUCAGGUCUAUAUCCCACUGGCUAAAGAAAAACACCAGUGAUGAUGCUCAAAAACUUUAAUCUCAAAAGUUUUUUUGUUUUCAACGAAUUAAAACAUACCUUACUGAUAUAUCUGAUGUCACAAACACUCAAAAUGGAUGAAGGAAAAUCUUUAGAAGCUGGAGUAAAUAAGGUUUUUGGGAAGAAUUUGGGAAGACGUUAAGACUUGGAUCAUAAGCAGGAAAUGGGGAAGAAUGACAGUGUGGCUUUAUAUACCAUGUGAUAGAUGUAACACAGUUUUAAACAUUUAGGUAUAUUAUAGGUAAUCAAUUUGUCUCUCCAAUUUUCAGUUUCAUCGCUAAAUUUCUCCACUCUACUGUUCCCUAAGAUCAAAGAACAAUAUCACUAUCUUGGAUUAAUAUCUCACCUCUCUAAGAGGCAUACAGUGCUUGUGAGCUGCUUGACUAUUAUUUAUUUAUUUAUUUACAGUAUUUAUAUUCUGCCCUUCUCACCCUGCAGGGGACUCAGAGUGGAUUACAAUGUACACAUAUAUGGCAAACAUUCAAUGCCAAAGACACACAACAGAUAUAGACAAAUGGUCAGAGGCUAUUUAACUUUUCUGGCCGCCAGGGAAGCUGUCGCAUUCCUCAUCCAUCUGUGACACUGAUGAAGUACUUCCGCAUUCCCCCAUUCCCCGCAUGCUUUUUGCUGGAGUGCUUUGCUGGAGUCUUUGUUAUGGCCUCGUAAAUUAGUUAAAUUUGCCUCCCCACACAUAGGUCAUACCUAAUUUUCCUACUUGACAGAUUCAACUGUCUUUUGGGUUGCAAAGGUCGACAACAAGCUACACAAUUGGUCGGAAGCUCACUCUGACCCGGGCUGGCUUCGAACUCAUGACCUUAUGGUCAGAAGUGAUCUUAAUGCAGCUGACACUCAGACAGCUGUGCCACAGUCCCCACUUACACUGCCAUAUAAUGCAGUAUCAAUUGCUCCUCUGUCUGUACAGAACUUCAUUUUUCAGCAACAGCACUGUAAAAAUUGUUUUGUCUGACAGUACAAGCUGGCUCACUGAAAUGGUGGGAAUUGUGUAGCCCUCUAGAUGUUGUCAGACUGCUAAUUCCAAUAGGCCUUGCUAGCAUAAGGAAUGGCGAGACAUACUGAGAGCUGCAGUUCAGCAAGAGCUUGAGGACCACACAAUUCCUUCCCCGGUGUUACAUUUUCUAAAUGGUAUUAUUUAGUAAUAUGUUAAUUCCAAUAUUGUGGUAUUAGCCUAUGUGACUGUAUGAUAUUCUCUGUCUUUGUAAGUAUGAGUUUAAUAUCAGUUAAACACACACAUAGAGGAUUCCUCGUACCCCUACAAGUUGUGAUAAAAUAUCAUGCAACAAAACUUUCAUAUGCGCCCUUAUGCUAUGAUACACCAAUUCAUCAGCUUACGUAGUCAGUAGGAUCCUGCUGCUUUCAUUCAAUGAACAUUCACACAGUUGAGAGAACAUUGUGUGGUGUGAAACUAACAGAAGGUGCAUGCUGAGCUGGAAUUCCCUGCAUCCUUCCAUUAUCUUUUGGUUACUUAUAGCAAAGACCAUUCUCCCACAUGUGCCCUUACCCCACCAUCACGCGCAUGGUUACAUGAACUCAGAUUCACUUUCCCCCCCUUUUCCAGCAUGGAACUGACACCUUGGUGUCGCUUCCCGUUCAGGUGCAAGGCACACCAUCUCAGCUUUUGUUCUCAGUUUUCUAUCCAGUAAUAAUUGGUGCUAUAGUGUGCUCUCUUCCAUUUUCCAUUUCUCACAUUUCUCUCUGUGGAUGAGUUUUCACUCCUAGUGAAUGUUUCAUGAGCUGGUGGCGCAGGUUGCUCUGACACUGGAAAAAUACUUCUCGGUGCCACACACAGCAGCUUCACGUUCAGGGUAAUGCUAUCUGGCACCCAAUCAGCUUUCCACUGUGCCCUGGAAUGUGAUAACAUAUCUGAUGUAUUCAAACUGAAAGGCUCUACUAUUUUACCCAGCAAACCCUACACUGUUGUCCUAGAACUUGCUUUGCAUCUAGUCGCUACCUGGAAUGCAUUUGUUGCUUGAUGCUGAAACAUGAUUGAUUCAAAGAUGAGGCAUAUGGGUGCAUAAACAGUUAAAAAGCCAGCUUAAUUAUACUUUAUAAGGAAAAGAAAGUACCUCUAUUUAGAAACCAUCAAUUUCCCACCCUAAGUACUGUUUGGCCGCCUCUGCAGACAUAUGUGGUGAAUUUAAAGUCAGCAUUUGCAAGCAAAUAUAUGCAUUAUUUUAAUUAUUUGGGAUGCCAUUAAAAUUAACCUUUAUUGUGA